CAUUUUAAUGUUUAGGGCACUUAUUCUGAGCUCAGCGACCCUUGACAUUCUCUUCUUGCAGAAGCAGUACUUUAAAAAUAUUUUUUACAUUUUGUUUCUGUUCUAUGACAUAAGAAAUAUGUCAUCGUUUUUUUUCUUUACCCGGAAUUGUUCAAGCUCCUUUUACAAUAUAAAAACGGCCGUUAGGUCAGGUUUUAUGUAGUUGUAGUCAGUUUGCUUUUUUAAGGAUUUCGUGACUGUAAAGAUGCUCAGAGAUGCUCCAGCAGCGUGGAUAGACUAGCUUUCAAAUAUAUGGAGAUGUGUAAAGUGGAAUCCAGUACCGAUUCAGGGUCAGACACGAGUCCAAGGUGGUCUGACACAAGCAGCAAGGGACGUGUCUCUACUAGACACAAGAGUGGACCUCCCCGGAAAAUGCUGACGUGUGCACAGAAGCCAGCAGGGCGGCACCAUCUAAUCUCCCUGGACCCAUAUGACGGGAGUUCAGAAGACUCUGAGAUGUCAGAUGAUGAGCCUCGAAUGCUGAGGCAGGGAGUUUCCAAGCUCCGGAGCAGGUGUCGCAGAGGGAAUACCAGUUUUGCUUCAUUCCCUAAAGAAGCUAGGAAGUGUGUGGCCAGGCCUAACGUGGUGGCACUGCCCCCUGCAGAUGUUCAGAUGAAGUCAUCCAGUGACUCUGAAGUACUCAUGGGUGACCCUGGCCUCCUGUCCCCACGGGCCGCAAUGCCCCAGAUUGGCGUAGAGACACCUGCAGACUCUGGUGUGCACACUGAAUCGCCGCUCUGCACACCUGCAAUUUCCUACAUGGGGGCAACCCCUCUCGGGCUACUUGGGAGUCCAUCCCGCCAGACCGGACUUUACAGACAGCGUGGAGAGAGCCCUUCCUUUCUUGAGAUGUUUCCCAAACGUAAAUCAUGUCUCCCCGGAGCUGAGGUGGGGGAGCGUGGCCUAAGGAAGAGGCAGCGUGUUGUGGACAUGGAACUGGGCCCACUAUCGCUGUGAGCCAGCCCAAGAAAGGGAUAGAGAAGUUUGUUUUUUCCCUGGCAAAUCCUUCAGACCCAUUUAAAAACCGCUCACGGUCUUGACGAGUGGGUAUAAUACCUGCUUAGACAAAAAAGCACAGCCAAGCCAACAGUGUUCACUGGUCACUGGCAGUAUGCAUCUUACAUGCUAAUGUCCUGCUAUUGACUAGUCACACUUGCUCACUUGCACAGGACAAUCUAAGGAAGGACGAAUCUUAGCUGCUGGACUGAAGAAGCACUAGUGUACCUUCAGUGCUUACUUUUCUCCCCCUCCAUGUACAUAAGUUUGUUCACCCACAGUUUUGAAUUUUGUCUGUCAUGGUGAAUGUAAAUAUUUGCUGUGGUAUGUAAAUAAACAUUGCACUUUAAAUGUC